AUGGAGCUGGCGCCGGGGAACCUCAGCGAGGGGAACGCGAGCGGGCCCGAGCCCCCCGCCCCAGACCCGCCGCCCCUCUUCGGCAUCGGCGUGGAGAACUUCAUCACGCUCGUGGCGUUCGGCCUGAUCUUCGCGCUGGGCGUGCUGGGCAACAGCCUGGUGAUCGCGGUGCUGGCGCGCAGCAGGCCCGGCAAGCCGCGCAGCACCACCAACCUGUUCAUCCUCAACCUGAGCAUCGCCGACCUGGCCUACCUGCUCUUCUGCAUCCCCUUCCAGGCCACGGUGUACGCGCUGCCCACCUGGGUGCUGGGUGCCUUCGCCUGCAAGUUCACCCACUACUUCUUCACCGUCUCCAUGCUGGUCAGCAUCUUCACGCUGGCCGCGAUGUCGGUGGACCGCUACGUGGCCAUCGUGCACGCCCGGCGCUCCGCCUCCCUGCGGGUGUCCCGCAACGCGCUGCUGGGCGUCGGCUGCAUCUGGGCGCUGUCGGCCGCCAUGGCCUCGCCGGUGGCCUACCACCAGCGCCUCCUCCACCUGGGCCCCAGCAACCAGACCUUCUGCUGGGAGCAGUGGCCCGACCGGCGCCACAAGAAGGCCUACGUGGUGAGCACCUUCGUCUUCGGCUACCUGCUGCCGCUGCUGCUCAUCUGCUUCUGCUAUGCCAAGGUCCUUAAUCAUCUGCACAAGAAGCUGAAGAACAUGUCAAAGAAGUCGGAGGCAUCGAAGAAAAAGACGGCGCAGACGGUGCUGGUGGUGGUCGUGGUCUUCGGGAUCUCCUGGCUGCCGCACCACGUCAUCCGCCUCUGGGCCGAGUUUGGGGUCUUCCCGCUGACGCCGGCCUCCUUCCUGUUCAGGGUGACGGCGCACUGCCUGGCCUACAGCAACUCCUCGGUGAACCCCAUCAUCUACGCCUUCCUCUCCGAAAACUUCCGAAAGGCCUACCGCCAAGUGUUCCAGUGCCGCGCGCGCAGCGAGUCGCCCCUCAGUGACGGCAGGGACCACAAGGGUCGGCCCGACACCCCGCCGUCCACCAACUGCACGCACGUGUGA